AUGAUCGCCAUGAUUCCUCAGACCGAAAUGCGCGGAAACUACACACGUGUACCACCUAUUUAUAAUACAUCUACUUGCGACACAUUACAAACACAAACAACAGGAUCUAAUUUGAUUUUGCAAAGCAAUGCUUCCUCUAAAAGAGGAAGACGAUCGAAUGUUCCACCUGAAAUUAGAGAACAGACACGUCGGUUGAAGAAACAAAAUAUGGAACGUAGACGGCGUGCCUGUAUCUCAGAUAAAAUGAAUGCAUUACAUAAUUUAGCAAUGAAUCUAAUUGGAAUUGAUCCAAAUGAAUGUCAUAAAGUAGAAAAAGCUGAUAUAUUAAAUCUAUGUCACAGUGUAUUUAAAGGAAUUGCUAACAUUGCUAAAGAUGAACCUGAAUUACAAACACGUCUAAGAAAAUUGCGUCAUAAUUUAAUUGAGUCGUCUUCUUGUACUACCUCACUGCCACACAAAUCAGCAUUACUUACAACAAGUGACUCGAAUGAACUCACAGAUAAAAUAAUCAAACUGGAUAAUGAUGAACGUAAUUCUCAGAAUGAAAAGAUUCAAGAGAUAUAUCAAUUCCAAGAGAACCAAGAUAAUCGUCUUCAAGGUCAUUGUCAUCAUCGUCCUCAUAAUCAACAGCAAUAUCCGCACUUGAGCAACACUAUCUCCUUAUCCAGUUCACCAACAAUCUUAACAACAUCAGUUACACAUAAUGAUAUGAAUCAAAGCACAGAUGAAAACAAUAAAGAGAAUAGAAUACCUAAGUUAAUCAUUAAAAAUCCUCUAUUAUCUAAAAAGUAUCCUAUUAAUGAUUGUAUUACAUCAUCAUUGAUUAAAACACCUACUUCUUUACCAGUGACUAAUUUAUAUUUGAACAGUAUGGUUAAUUCACAGAAUAAUCAAACAAUAACACAAUGUCAAUCAACACCUUUACAAUAUUUAAAUAAAUUCAAUUCAACAGUGAAUAAUUCUAAUAGUGGUUCCGUUAGUAGUAAUGAUCAAUCGACGGAAUUAACAAUUCAUAGGAAGAAGAUGCCUAUUUUUAAGGAACAUCAUAGACUGAACACUAUUAGUGAUUUUACCGUUCACUCCACUGAAUCAUCUUCAAUGUUGUCUAAUUUAAAAACGGAAAACUUACCAUCUUGGUCAUCAUCAUCAGCAACAUCGCAACUAAUGACAGGGGAACAUUUAUCGGCAUUUAGUGUACCAGCAAGAAAACCACUUACUGUUAUCACAAAUCAAUUCACUACAAAUAACGUUACACAUAAUAAUCAAUAUUAUCAAAAUCAAAAAUCAAUUAAAACAAUUAAUGAUACAAAUCCUUCUUCUAUAUCUAUUCCAACUAUAUCUGACAAUACAGAGACAUCUAUAAAAAAUAUUGUCAAACCAAUGUGGAGACCAUAUUUAGAUUAGAUACAAAUAAUUUUUUAUAUCAUGUCAAAUAUUUCUUUCCUUUCUUUUUCUUUUUUUGUAAAAUUAUCUACUAACAACAAUUUAUACUGUACAUAAUGAAUAAUAAUGAUAUUCUGUUCUCAGACG